UUCCUGUUUUCUCAGGACAAAAAUCCUACUUCUGUUCCUCAUUUCGCGUGUUGUCUUUCGAGAACUGGCUUACACACAAGAAAAGCUCGGGGAGGAAGCCAACAGGAACCAAGCUGUGGUUCUUGCCCUCUAUGACGCCUUAAACACUCGAGACGUUCAAACCGUUCACAAAAUCCUCGCUCCCGACCUUGAAUGGUGGUUCCACGGCCCCCCCACCCACCAGUUUUUGAUGCGCCUCCUCACCGGUGCUUCUUCCGACGACUCCUUUCGCUUCGACGUUGACCCGCUCUCCCUCACCACCUUCGGAUCCACCGUCAUCGUCGAAGGCUGCGAUCACGGCCGUUUGAUCUCCUGGGUCCACGCCUGGACCGUGACGGAUGGGACAAUCACCCAAGUCAAGGAGUACUUCAACACCUCCCUCACCGUUACUCGACUCGGAGACCCUUCCCGAUCCGCCGAGAUUACCACCGCGCAUUGCCCUUCCGUGUGGGAGAGCAGCUUUUCUAGCCGGGUCGGCAAAUCUGUUCCGGGUCUUGUCCUCGCAAUAUAAUAAGCCUAAAAUUAAAGCAAAGCUAGUAGUGUCGACUGUCGUGCUUGUUGUUAAGACAGGGAAGAUCGCAGCUGUGUGUUGGUCUGAUUUUAUAACUAUGUAUUGUCUUCGUGUGAGUUUGUUUUCGAAUGCAUUCGGCUUUGGAAAUGUGUGUGGAGAUAUGUGGGUUCAACAUAAGAACACCUCCCUGUUCUUUUUACCCUACUCUCUCUCAUGUCACUUGUUUCUAUUGUUCAAUAAAAGCCUUGUAUUUUUAUA